GGAAGAAGAGUGUUAGGCGUCAGACUCCGCUGAGCUCAUUCUGGAAGGAUCCAACUGGCGCCCCCAGGGAGAAAAAGCGAUUCCACUUCAACAACACUCCAGAAAAAGGCAUGAAGAGCCCUAGACUUGGCAGGGCGACUUUGACCUAGACCCGGUGACCCCGUUCCUAGCGCUGCAGCCCUACCCGCCCCCCGCCCCCGCCUAGAACGGAGCCCCACCCCUGUACUCAUUCGUUGCGCCACGUCUCCUAACUCAGCGCCACCAGCCACCCCGCGGAGGCGUCCGCCAAUUAACCCCUCCCAGCCUCUGGUCUGCAGUCACGGGUCCCCAACGCCGCGUCUUAACCAGGCCCCAACAGACCACCGCCAACCUUCCCAGCCGCGCCUUUGCCCCACCCGACCCCGCCCGCCCCCACGUGACGCCCACGCCCCUCCCACUGGCGCCCACGUGACCCACGGUCGUCCCCGCGCGCGGCGUGGAUCGCGGCCCAAGCCGCCAUUGUUCCGCCGAGGGAGGACAGCGGGGCCUGGCGCUGGCGCCGAGACGCCGCUUAGCGGCCGCCACUGGAGACACUCCCUCCCGCCUCCCGGGUCUCCUGGCGGCGGCGGAGUGAGGCUGACAGCGGGGAACCUGGGAGACCCCUCCGCCCUCCCCGCGGUGGCAGCGGCCGAUCCCCGGCUCCGGCGCGAGGGACGGCCGCGAUGCGCUCGGCCUGAGGCUACCCGGCCCGGCCCUUCCUCGCUUCCCUUGACUAUUCCACUGCGUCUCCGCGCCCCGGCGUCAUCCUGCGAGUCCCUCUGACGGGAGGGAAGAUGGCUGCACGGAGCUGGCAGGACGAGCUGGCCCAGCAGGCCGAGGAGGGCUCGGCCCGGCUGCGGGAAAUGCUCUCGGUUGGCCUAGGCUUUCUGCGCACCGAGUUGGGCCUCGACCUGGGGCUGGAGCCGAAACGGUACCCCGGCUGGGUGAUCCUGGUGGGCACGGGCGCGCUCGGGCUGCUGCUGCUGUUUCUGCUGGGCUACGGCUGGGCCGCGGCUUGCGCCGGCGCCCGCAAAAAACGGAGGAGCCCGCCCCGCAAGCGGGAGGAGGCGGCGGCCGCGCCAGCCCCGGCCCCCGACGACCUGGCCUUGCUGAAGAAUCUCCGGAGCGAGGAACAGAAGAAGAAGAACCGGAAGAAACUGUCCGAGAAGCCCAAACCAAAUGGGCGGACUGUUGAAGUGGCUGAGGGUGAAGCUGUUCGAACACCUCAAAGUGUAACAGCAAAGCAGCCACCAGAGAUUGACAAGAAAAAUGAAAAGUCAAAGAAAAAUAAGAAGAAAUCAAAGUCAGAUGCUAAAGCAGUGCAAAACAGUUCACGCCAUGAUGGAAAGGAAGUUGAUGAAGGAGCCUGGGAAACUAAAAUUAGUCACAGAGAGAAACGACAGCAGCGUAAACGUGAUAAGGUGCUGACUGAUUCUGGUUCAUUGGAUUCAACUAUCCCUGGGAUAGAAAAUACCAUCACAGUUACCACCGAGCAACUUACAACCGCAUCAUUUCCUGUUGGUUCCAAGAAGAAUAAAGGUGAUUCUCAUCUAAAUGUUCAAGUUAGCAACUUUAAAUCUGGAAAAGGAGAUUCUACACUUCAGGUUUCUUCAGGAUUGAAUGAAAACCUCACUGUCAAUGGAGGAGGCUGGAAUGAAAAAUCUGUAAAACUCUCCUCACAGAUCAAUGCAGGUGAGGAGAAGUGGAACUCCGUUUCACCUGCUUCUGCAGGAAAGAGGAAAACUGAGCCAUCUGCCUGGAGUCAAGACACUGGAGAUGCUAAUGCAAAUGGAAAAGACUGGGGAAGGAGUUGGAGUGACCGUUCAAUAUUUUCUGGCAUUGGGUCUACUGCUGAGCCAGUUUCUCAGUCUACCACUUCUGAUUAUCAGUGGGAUGUUAGCCGUAAUCAACCCUAUAUCGAUGAUGAAUGGUCUGGGUUAAAUGGUCUGUCUUCUGCUGAUCCCAACUCUGAUUGGAAUGCACCAGCAGAAGAGUGGGGCAAUUGGGUAGACGAAGAAAGAGCUUCACUUCUAAAGUCCCAGGAACCAAUUCCUGAUGAUCAAAAGGUCUCAGAUGAUGAUAAAGAAAAGGGAGAGGGAGCUCUUCCAACUGGGAAAUCCAAAAAGAAAAAAAAGAAAAAGAAGAAGCAAGGUGAAGAUAACUCUACUGCACAGGACACAGAAGAAUUAGAAAAAGAGAUUAGAGAAGAGCUUCCAGUGAAUACCUCUAAAACCCGUCCAAAACAGGAAAAAGCUUUUUCCUUGAAGACCAUAAGCACUAGUGAUCCAGCUGAAGUACUCGUCAAAAAUAGCCAGCCUAUCAAGACUCUUCCACCUGCUACUUCUACCGAGCCAUCUGUAAUCUUAUCAAAAAGUGAUUCUGACAAGAGCUCUUCCCAAGUGCCGCCAAUACUACAAGAGACAGAUAAAUCCAAGUCAAAUACCAAGCAAAAUAGUGUGCCUCCUUCACAGACCAAGUCUGAAACUAGCUGGGAAUCUCCCAAACAAAUAAAAAAGAAGAAAAAAGCCAGACGAGAAACGUGAAAUUUUUUUUCCUGAAUUGGACAUGUGUUUGCAAACACUGUCUUGAAGAUUAUGCUGUUUAUGCAAUAAUUUGUGAACAUGUACAGAGUUUUAUAUAAAUUUAAACCAAUUUUUAAAACAAAACUGCGGACACAACCACCAUAAAAAUGGAAUCAAAAGAAAGUUAAUUUAUGAAAUUAAGAGGUCGGCAGAAUAUACUCAGUGAUGGAAGACACUUGGGAAAGUCUUUUUAAUUGAAAGAGAACGAUCUUAAUUUAAGAAUAUUAUCCUGGUUUUAACAACAGUGCCCUGUUUACAACAGAUUGUGCCCUAUCUCAUCUGCAGCCAAGGAAAAAAGGAUUCUGAUUAGAAAGAGGGUUGCCUACGAAUUAGUAAGCAAUUCCUUGGAUCUUAUGCACAGAACUUGUACCAUUUGAAUCUGUUUUACGCUUAAAUCAAAGUGCUUUGAUCAAAUGCAUAACCUGCCAUAUCUUUACAUAUUUGUUGGUAGCAAUUUGUAUUAAAGAAAUCACAAGUGCAAAUAAAAAGUCAUUUAUCAUUUGUUUAACUAAACUGUCAUGGUUUAGUUUAUAAUUUUUAAAAAGUUCUUAAAAUACUGAAAAUGCAGUUGACACUUGUAUGGCUUAUGAAGUUAUUUUUGAUAGUCUUACAUUACUUGAAUUGUUCAAAGUACAGUAUAUUUUAAAUUAAGAAAAGUGAACUAUAUGUAUUUGUUUUAUACAUUUAAGGCUUAGACUCAUAGAUAAUGCUAUUGUUUAUGAUUUGAAAAUUUUCAGGCAAAAUCCAAUUUACAUUUUUCCUUUCCCUAGCAAUUACUUUUUUCCAGCUUCAACUCUUCUUAGUUACUAAUACUUUUUUGACUUUAAAAAUGAAAUCAUUCACAAACUUUUGGUAUAUGAUGGAGAAUGAAAAACUAGAGUCAGACAGCUUUAAUUGACAUUGUCAAGACCUCCAGUUAUCAGGAAUACAUUUUUUUACUGCCUUAACCUGUAGUGCGUAGAAUAUGCAUCAAUUUCUUGAAGGGGAUUCAUGUUUUUAUAAGAAUUUUCAUGUAAUUAUUGCAAUUGUGGUCAAAUAAGGAACGUUUCCUGCUUGAAAUUAUAUUGAUUUAAAUGAUGUGUGAGAUGUUUCACCAUUUUCAGGCACUGUGUAAUUCUAUUGUAAUAAACUGGCAGGUAUCUUUGUAACUAUAAAUAGUGCAUGCUCAGCCAUGUACACUGUAAAUAGCCUUUACCAAACGUGUUUGACAAGGACCAUAAUUAACAUCACUUAGUGAAUUGUGAUAAAGAAAAAAAAGCCAUGAUUUAUUCGAUGUGAUUGGCUUGUUUUUAUGUGGCGCCAAGAAUGAACCUGUUUAACAGCUGUAACCAAUGGUACUGAUCUAUCCAUCCAAUGUUGUCAUUAUAUUUGAUUGUGGUUCAACAGUAUUGUGUUGUCAGACUAGGAAAGCUAAACAAACAAAAUGGUUUUAGUUUUGCUGAAGACUGGCCUUAUUAAUGGGCAGCUUUCCUAACAAGAGAUUAUUAACUUUUAUCAGGUGUUAACAUCUGUUUCAGGAACAUGGCAGUAUGUUUACAUGUCAGAAGUUUUGUUUAAUUCUAUGGUAUUUCUAAAUUGACUUGUUUAAAUAAAUUCAGCAAAUGGAUAGCAUUGUUUUUUAUUUGCUUCAGUAUGGGGGUAGAUAAUAGCUAAAGAGCCAGGGAUGAAUUUCUUCAAAUGACUUUAUUCUGUUAGCUUUACAUAGGUGUUGGAGGAUUCCUAAGGUGUCAGCACUUUGUAAAGGUACCAUAAAGGAGAAUUUGAUAGGGAAUCUAAUUUUAGAAUGUGCCAAAUGAUCUGUGCUCAACAAUAUAAUUGAACUCUCUCAACUCUACCUCACCAUUUAUCUUAAAAUUCUGUUGGCCAUGUCAAAUGUUGGAUUUUAUUUCUGCAUCCUAGUAUCUCCCCAUUCUACCACCUAUGCCAGAUGUUAAAGACACCACAUGUUUUGAGGAGAAUGGCAUUGUGGAGAUGCAGAGAUGCAUUGUGGAGAUGCAGAGAUGCAUUGCUAAGUUGAGGUGGAUCCAGUAUAGAGAUACCUAUAUUUCUUUUUUGUGGCUCAAGAGCUAGGACUUGAAUUUUGUUUUAAGAAAUGGCAGCUGGCCGGGUGCAGUCGCUCACGUCUGUAAUCCCAGCACUUUGGGAGGCUGAAGCAGGUGGAUCACGAGGUCAGGAGGUCAAGACCAGCCUAGCCAAGAGGGUGAAACCCCGUCUUUACUAAAAAUACAAAAAAAAAUUAGCUGGGUGUAGUGGCGGGCUCCUGUAAUCCCAGCUACUCGGGAGGCUAAGGCAGAGAAUCAUUUGAACCCAGGAGACGGAGGUUGCAAAGCCAAGAUGGUGCCACUGCACUGCAGCCUGGGCAACAGAAGGAGACUCCGUCUCAAAAAAAAAAAAAGAUGGCAGCUAUAUAAAUGAUAAAAUUAAUUACAUUCUCUUUCACAUGCAUGAGGUGCAAACUCUGUCACAAAGUAUUUUAAUUACCUUUUACCUUGUUUCAUAGAUCUUUAUGUGACAUAAAAACAGUUUCUGGCAUGGCCUAUAAUCCUAGCACUUUGGGAGGCUGAGGCAGGUGGAUCACCUGAGGUCAGGAGUUUGAGACCAGCCUGGCCAAUAUGGUGAAACCCCAUCUCUACAAAAUUUGCAAAAAGUAGACGGGUAUAGUAGCGGGUGCCUGUAAUCCCCGCUACUCAGGAGGCUGAGGCAGAGAAUCGCUUGAACCCGGGGGGGUGGAGGAGCAGGGGAAGACAGUCUCCUAUGGCGGCAUGAAUAAGAUGCUUCCAGAACUAGUAGGGAAAUAACUAACCUCUUCAGGCUUUAUCAGGCCUGGAGGGGAACCUUGCCCAUGUUAGCAAGAAAGAUGUCCUAGAGAAACCACUCAAAAGGCUCCCUAAUCCAGCCUGUCUCCACAUACAUACUGAAAAUUCUUCCCUACUCUGAGGCAGAGUGUAGUGGUUUAGGGGUUUCUCCAGACUGGAAUCCUAUCUAUCUGUACCGACAAUUGAGCAAACAAUAGUUGAGAGAGUCCAAAAAAAAGUAUUAAAAUGUGACUGAUGUAAUUUGCCAUGUUUACUUUAUGCAUGCAUUUUAUUGGGGAGGGGAGGUCAGAAUAAUUCACCCAAAUCUAAUGGUCUUAUUUCAUAGGCUAAUCUGGUUUAUAUUUGCAUUAAAGAUACUGGAGGGCAAUAUUUAACUACAGAGUUUAGUUUUUCUUAAUUAAAAACAGUCCUCUAUUAAUAUAGUGUGAAAUAUCUUUCAAAAUUUAGAAUUUAGGUUUAAGAUGUCUACUAGAUAUCUUAAGAUUUUCCUGUAAACUCACUGCACAAACUGGAAUUACUUUCCAAAAGACUUAGGGAAUGCAAAUAUGUUAUUUGUAAGAUGCAUUGAGUAUUGUAAAUAAAACAAACCAUUUUUGAUUUGUUUAAA